GAAUUCAGUUAAAUGGAAGAUGAAGAACCCCACCUCCAUUACCGCCUUCGCCCCCUCGUCAAAGCUCCGCGUCCAAAUCUAUCAUUAUCACUCCUCCACUUCUUUCAUUUGCUUCAGUUAGCUUCCCGUUCGAAGAAGAAACGACGAAAGUUUCUGAGGGAGAAAAGUGAUGAAUUAGGGCGUGAGUGAGAGUAAUCCAGAAUUGAAGAAGCAGUUUGUACGUGUGUGUGUGAGAGAGAGAGUUUGUGUAUGCGUGUGUUCGCACGAUGAUGGAUCCCAAGGCUCUGCGAUUCAUUAGGUACCAGUCCAUUUUCUCAGUCGUUCGAUCUGGGGACUUGGAUGAGCUGAAGCAACUCCUGGAGCAGCUUAAUAGAGAAGAUGCUUCGUCGUUUUCUAAUGUGAUGUCCCUUCAGAACGAUGCCGGGGAGACGGCGCUGUACAUCGCCGCCGACCAUAAUCUGACUGAAAUUUUCAGCUUCUUGCUCAAGUACUGUGACUUGGAGAUUGUGAAGAUCAGGUCCAAAUCCGACAUGAAUGCCUUCCAUGUUGCCGCCAAGCGUGGUCAUCUAGAUAUCGUGAAAGAGUUUUUGAACAAGGUGCCCGAGGUUUGUAAGUUGUGUGACUCCUCAAAUACUAGUCCCCUAUAUUCAGCUGCUGUUCAAGACCAUUUGGAUGUGGUGAAUGCUAUCUUGGAUGCUGAUGUCGAUUCGAUGUGGAUAGUUAGGAAAAAUGGAAAAACCGCAUUGCACAAUGCUGCUAGGUAUGGGGUUUUUCGUAUUGUGCAAGCACUUAUUGACCAAGAUCGAGGAAUAGUCUGUGUCAAAGAUAAAAAGGGUCAAACUGCUCUGCAUAUGGCUGUAAAAGGACAGAGUCUUGCAGUGGUAAAGGAGAUAUUACAAGCUGAUUCCACUAUAUUGAAUGAACGAGAUAAGAAGGGAAAUACUGCUUUACACAUGGCUACAAGAAAGGGUCGCUCACAGAUUGUGAGUCUUCUGCUAAGUUGCACAGUUAUGGAUGUCAAUGCCAUCAAUAACCAGCACGAAACAGCGUUGGAUUUGGCAGAUAAAUUGCAGUAUGGGGAUUCAGCUUUGGAAAUCAAGGAGGCCCUUGCAGACUAUGGUGCCAAGUACGCCAGGCAUGUUGGCAAAGUUGAUGAAGCUAUGGAACUGAAAAGAACUGUGAGUGAUAUAAGGCACGAAGUGCAGUCACAACUUGAGGCAAACUUAAAAACUCGCAGGCGAGUUUCUGGUAUUGCUAAAGAAUUGAAAAAGCUUCACAGAGAAGCGGUUCAAAAUACAAUUAACUCUGUCACACUUGUUGCUGUCCUUUUUGCCUCAGUAGCAUUCUUGGCUAUAUUCAAUUUGCCUGGCCAAUAUAUCAUGGAAGGACCUGAGACUGGGAAGGCUAAUAUAGCUGAUAAUGUUGCUUUCCAAGCUUUCUGUCUUUUAAACUCUACAUCUCUUUUCAUCUCUUUAGCAGUGGUGGUUGUUCAAAUCACUUUGGUGGCCUGGGACACAAAUGCUCAAAAGCAGGUUGUGUCAGUGGUUAACAAGCUAAUGUGGGCUGCCGGUGCUUGCACUUGUGGGGCUUUUCUAGCUUUGGCAUUUGUUGUUGUUGGAAGAAAGCAAACAUGGAUGGCUAUUACCAUAACCGUUUUGGGUGUGCCCACUAUCGUUGGAACUCUGGCCUGCCUAUGCUACUUUGUUUUCCAACAACAUUUUGGCAUUUUCCGCAGCGAUUCCCAGAGACGCAUCAAAAGAGCAAGUGGAAGCAAAUCUUUCUCUUGGUCCUACUCUGCAAAUAUAUCUGAAUUGGAUAAUUAUGACUCUGACCUUGAGAAAAUCUAUGCCCUCUAAAGUGGGUGAUUUUCUGAAGAGCACUGGCACUCUUUUGCAGUGGGACUUUUAUCCUAAUUGCCAAGAUGUUGAUUGUAAAGUGAAAUGGGUCGAUCAUCAGGACCGUGCCAUUGAAUUUGCAGUACAAUUUUUUAGGUUGUACGAGGCAAUUUGGGUGUAUUUGCUAUGAGUAUAAAUUUAUAGCUAAAUCUUCUGUGUAGAUUUGAUGUAUAUGAAAAUAAUAAAGGCAGUCCAUGGUGUUCCUAAGCUCA